AGAGCUGGAGGGGAGCGUGUCUGCUCUCUGAUUGGCUGAGCAGCGCGACGUGUACAUCAGUCAGCUACAGGUAGCUCUCACAUGUGACAGUUGGUCUGUGUGAGUCUGCAGCACACGGCUCCGCUGCCCUCUCUCCCUCUGCUCUGUUCCUCUCUAUGAUGACGCUUUAAAUGACUGUCUGCAUGGAGACGCUUUUUCUGUAAACACUCAGGAGGAGGAAAGUUAGUUUAACUCCCGAGGGUCUAUUGGAGUUGUGAGAUCUACACUGUAAGAGAGAGAGAAGAGGUGAAGGAGGUGGCAGGAUGAAGUCCAAAGGUAAAGCUGUGAAACCAUCCAGGAGGACCUGGUCUGACCCAGAACCAGAGCUAGAACCAGACACAGAACCAGAACCCGGCUCCAGCGAGCAGGAAGGCUCGGAGGCCUCGGUGCGGAUCGGUGGCUCCUGGAGGGGGUCCCUGAGGAGCGUGGACAGGAAGCGUCAAGGAGGAGGAGGCGGAGGCCGGCGGCGGAGGCAGCACGGCUCCAGCACCAAAGAACGCAGCAUCCGGCGACUAGAGAGCAACGAGCGGGAACGCCAGCGAAUGCACAAGCUCAACAACGCCUUCCAAGCGUUACGAGAGGCCAUCCCGCACGUCAAGACUGACAAGAAGCUGUCCAAGAUCGAGACACUGACCUUGGCUAAGAAUUACAUCAAAGCUCUGACCACCAUCAUCCUGGACAUGUCAGGGGCCUGCCUGCCUGCUGGUGGGGUCCAGUCGGAGGCCAGCGCCGCCAAGCUGCUCCAGUGCUUCCAGCAGCACCUGGAGGAGGACGGGGAGGACGGCGUCACCCAGUACCUCACCCAGAUGCACAGCUUCAGCCAGCACAGCUAACAGCGGCUGCAAGGUGGUCUGGAGACCAGGAGAGCAAACAGGGGGCUUGGUCUCCAAGUGUGUGAAGACUUUUAGGGACCAAAUCUCAAACCAGUUCCUACAGUUGCACUGUUCUGAGAUCUGGUCAGUUGUGGUGUUUUCUGUAGGAACCAGGAGCUGUUCCAGAUCAUACAACUCCAUGCUUGAACACAGACGUGGGCUGUGUAGAACUCACAAAAUAUGGAACGAUUUGAGGCCCAUUCACCCAGCAGACACAAACUCUGCAGAUCAGACAGAGAAAACCAGAUGGACUGCAGUUUUGAAAAGUGAAAAGACUCAUUUGUUAUUGAAAAGAAGGGCUAACAUUUUGCCAUUCUGUGUUUUUUUUUAAAUUUCUAAUCUUCUAUGUUUUGAUCUGAGGCAGGGACUUGUUCUCUUUUGUGUUAUCUUGUGAUCUUCUUGUGUGUUUUCUGUUGAGAAACCUGCUGAGCCCUAGCCUCUAGUCAUAACUGUCACAUCCAGGAAGAAGAGAGAGGCAAGCAGCAGGCCUAAACAGUCAAGUGUUGAAGCUAGAAAGUGUGUUUGCUCAUUCGCUACCACCAAUUUGAGAACAUUAUUUACUCGUCUUCUUACAGGUUGUGCGCCGGUACAGUAGCUGGAAGGCAGAGAUGAUGUUUAAAGUGUUUGCUGUUUGAAUUGUUAUGUCUCCACGUGUCUCGAGGCAGGACACUGUAGCAAAAAAGACCAGGAGAGGAGAGAAUAUUUGAGAAGUUAUCAUCAAUAAACACAUUUAUUUAUUGAA